AGAUUGUGUUAUGAACUAAAUAGAAAAUUUAGUAUUUGAAAUUUUAUAUUGCAAAUACUGUAACUCAAAUAAUAGAAAUAUGAGAGAAAGUAUUACUUAAAAUCAUCAGCACACAAGGUAAAUGAAUAUUUAGUCUAUUUCAAACAUGAGCAUCAGCAGAGACACUUGGUGGCGCUGCAGGAUAAGAUGGAGGAAAUUUCUGUACCAUCAAAUGCUCUAAUUUCCGGGAAAGAGGCUUUCCAGAGAAAGCAAGAUCUCGAAAAUCUCCCUCUCGGCAGGAUUACAAAUCUAUAGAUCCUAAUAUUCCAGGCUGAUAGAUGAGAGCAACCAGAAAUUCACUGAGUUGAAAUACUUCUUUAGGAAGAUGUUUGGCAAAGGAGCCAUGGAGCCUGGAGAACUGCGCUCUCCACAGAUAAGGCAAGUGCUGAUUUUCUUUGUUUUCCUGGGAGGGACAUUGGUAUGUUCGGAGAUCCAGCGCUAUUCUGUGGAGGAGGAAACGGAGGUGGGCUUCAUUAUUGGCAAUGUGUUAAAAGACAUAGGUUUGACUGUGGAAGAUCUGGCUGCGAGAGGGACCAGGGUCAUCUUUGACAACUAUAAAACAUACCUGCGGUUGGAUAUGCAAACUGGCAAUUUGCUCUUGAAUGAGCAACUGGACCGUGAGGCACUUUGUGAUCUCACUGAUCCAUGUAUAUUGGCUUUCCAGGUGCUAUUUGAAAAUCCUUUGCAAUUUUUUCGUGCUGAGCUUUGGGUCAAAGAUAUAAAUGAUCACACUCCUACAUUCCUAGAAAAGCACAUCCUUCUGAAAAUCUCAGAAAGUACUUCUCCAGGGACCGCAUUUCAAAUGGAUAGUGCUCAAGACUUGGAUGCAGGAAAGAAUGGUGUCCAAAAUUACACAUUAAGCUCAAAUUCUCAUUUCCAUCUAAAAUUGCAAGACAGUGAUGAAGGACAAAAAUACCCAGAGCUUUUACUGGUACAUUCUCUAGACAGAGAAAAGGAACCAGAGCUAAGAUUAACACUAACAGCUUUUGAUGGGGGAUCACCUCCCAGGUCUGGAACUGCAUUGGUUCGCAUUUUGGUCCUAGAUGUCAAUGACAAUGCCCCCAAGUUUGAAAAGACAGUCUAUGAGGUUCAGGUACUAGAAAACAGCCCUUUAGACUCCUUAAUCCUUAAGGUGUCUGCGACAGAUUUAGAUACAGGCACAAAUGGAGAAAUAACUUAUUCUUUUUCCCAUGUCUCCAGAGACAUUAGGAAAACUUUUGAAAUCCACCCAGUUUCUGGGGAAGUUCACUUAAAAGCAUCUCUGGAUUUUGAGUUAAUACAGUCUUACACAAUAAAUAUACAGGCCAUUGACGGUGGCAGCCUUUCAGGAAAAUCAGCAAUUUUAGUUCGAGUUGUAGAUGUCAAUGACAACUCACCAGAAAUACUCAUGACAUCACUGAGCAGUCCCAUUCCAGAAAAUUCCACUCCUGAAAUGGUGGUCGCUGUUUUUAGCAUCCGGGACCAAGAUACUGGAGACAAUGGGAAGAUGAUUUGUUCCAUCCAGGAUGAUCUCCCCUUUUUCUUGAAGCCUACCUUCAAGAAUUUCUACACCGUAGUGACAGCGCACCCGCUGGACCGAGAAAGCCAGGCGGAGUACAACAUCACCAUCACAGUGACAGACAUGGGCACCCCCAGGCUGCAAACACAGCACACCAUCACAGUGCUGGUGUCAGACGUGAACGACAACGCCCCAGCCUUCAGCCAGCCCUCCUACACCCUGCUGGUGGGCGAGAACAACAGCCCCGCCCUGCACAUUGGCAGCGUGAGCGCCACCGACCCCGACGAGGGCAGCAACGCCCAGGUCACCUACUCGCUGCUGCCGCCCCAGGACCCGCAGCUGCCGCUCGCCUCGCUGGUGUCCAUCAACGCCGACAACGGGCAGCUGUUCGCGCUGCGCUCGCUGGACUUCGAGGCCGUGCGCGCCUUCGAGUUCGGCGUGGGCGCGUGGGACCGCGGCUCGCCCGCGCUCGGCAGCCAGGCGCGCGUGCGCGUGCUGGUGCUGGACCGCAACGACAACGCGCCCUUCGUGCUGUACCCGCUGCAGAACGCGUCAGCGCCCUGCAGCGAGCUGGUGCCCAGGGCGGCAGAGGCGGGCUACCUGGUGACCAAGGUGGUGGCGGUGGACGGCGACUCGGGCCAGAACGCCUGGCUGUCGUUCCAGCUGCUCAAGGCCACGGAGCCCGGGCUCUUCAGCGUGUGGGCGCACAAUGGCGAGGUGCGCACCGCGCGGCCGCUCAGCGAGCGCGACGCGCCCAAGCACAGGCUGCUGGUGCUGGUCAAGGACAAUGGCGAGCCGCCGCUGUCUGCCAGCGUCACGCUGCACGUGCUGCUGGUGGACGGCUUCUCGCAGCCCUUCCUGCCGCUGCCCGACGCGCCUGCCGACGCGCCUGCGGACAACCGCCUCACCGUCUACCUGGUGGUGGCCUUGGCCUGCGUGUCGUCCCUCUUCCUCUUCUCCGUGCUGGCCUUCGUGGCUGUGCGCCUGUGCAGGCGGCCUGGCCCUCCCGCGGGGGGCCCCUACCCGCUGCCCGACGCGCACUUCCCGGGACACCUGCUGGACGUCAGUGGCGCUGGGACCCUGUCGCACAGCUACCAGUAUGAGGUGUGUCUGGCUGGGGGUGCUGGCACCAAUGAGUUCAAGUUCCUCAAGCCUAUCUUGCCAGAUUUCCAGGAUCACAUUACUGGGACCAAUAGUGAGGAAACCCCCCCUUUCCGCAAUAGCUUUGGAUUUAAUUAGUAUCAGAAACAUCUCUUUAAAGGUAUUUACUUCCUACGUAUAUGCUUAUUGAAAUUAAGUUUCUUAAACCUGUUAUCCACAACCGCUUUCCAGGGCACUUAAAUGAAGGAAAAUUACAGUGCCGAAUGAUGCUAUUGCUUUGCAGAAAUAGUUUUCAAUAGUUUCAUUUUAUUUAGCUUUAAGCAAUUUUAAUACUUUACCUUAUUUUUUGUUGUUUAUUUUAAUAUUUGAAAAAUUAUGGGAACUAGAAUUUAUCUUUUAUUUUUUUUACUUUUAAAAAGAUUUAUCUUUUAAAUUUUAAACAGAACAGCCACAGGCCACUUCCCUUGCAAGUGGCCUACAUGGGCUGAAUCCCUGUCAGGAUUGUUUUCUGAGCUCAGAGUAAAGAACAAAAUUUGAGUACCACUGGUUGUGGACCAAAACCAAUAAAUAAAAUAAAUUGUAAACUCAAAUGAUUCAAGCAUAUAUUUCAAACUACUGGGCUUGAUCCUCUUGAUCUGCUUUUAUAUCUCUGAUUUAUAGAGGAAUUUCUGUUAUACAAAUUAAAACAUAAUUACUUUGUCACAUGGUUAGGUUGUUUUUCUGGUUUUAUCAUUUAGAUUUUUAUUAAGUAUAAUCCAUCUUCUCUACUUUUCUGCCAACUAUUUCAUAGCAUGUUUUGUAUUUAAAUACUUUUCUCUAUAGUUACUUUUUAACUAUUUUCUAGUAGAUGAUCUAUGUGAAUAUUUUAAUAUUGUUUAGAUUCUCAUAGCUAUCUAGCCCACACUUUGUCUGAGAGUUUCCAAUAACUACCUGAGAGAAUUAUUGAUAAUUAAGAGUUUUCAUUACUUAUAGCCAAUUAAAUAUAAUUGAUCUGGUGAUAGACUGUUGAAGCAGGAAUAAUUCCAAGACCCCCAAAUUUUCAAUUAAGAUGUACAAUUUGUAACUUUAAGCAUGAACUGAAGUAGAUAUCUUUAUAUCAGUGUAGUCAGCAACACAGAAUAGCAUCUAUGACUAAAGAAGACAAGGAGGGAGGAAAAGCGGAAGUGAGAAGUAUGGGAUUGGAGGAGGCAGAAAACCAAAAAAACUACUUGGUUCUAGGCAUGCCAAUUCUUGAUUUCAAUGUUUAACUCUCAAAUCUAUUAUUUUCCUUAAGAUCUACAGUCUCCAAAUAAUAUUUUCUUUUUAUUCAAGCUAUCUGGGAGAGAGGAAGGCCUUCUCAAAAUCAAAAAGUUCAGGAAAAACAGAUGCAAUCUGGAGUUCCCAAGACUUUAUUGUAUGUUUCUAUUAUUAACUUAAUAAAUAUAAAUGUAAGUGCUUAGCAAUAUCUCUUCUAUACUAUAGAAUUUGUAACAAGUUUUAAUUUUUUGUACAUAAUAUAAUAAUGAAGUCUUUCAACAACAACAGAAGCUUACAAAGGGAAUUAUGAAAUAUCUGUUAACCUGUUUCCUCACCCCAGGAUCAGUUUUUUAAAGUAACACAGAAAUUGUUAUUGCUGGGUGUAUUUCCAAUUGUAAGAAUCACAUUAUCUUUAUUAUCUAUUUAUUUACUAUUAUUUACUGAAUCAAAUUUGGAUAUAAUUGUUUAAUCAUUUACUGUGAAGCCUUUAGGAUUUACAAAAAAUCCAAAGUAUAGACCUGUUAACUCAUUAUUAUAUAAAUAGUAAUAUUUGAUUGACACUUUACUUUUUAGAAUGCCUCAUGAAAUAAAAUUUUAAGCUCCUGCCAAGUAUACAGGCUUAAAGUUUUCUCCUUAGCUUAAAGAUGACAAAUGAGAAGAAAGGACUGACUGUUGUAUUAUUAUAUAUUAUUAGUGGCAUUAUUAGUUCACUUUCAGAGAUAUCAGAUUUUAUCUGUUAAUAUUUAAAACUACACUAAUAUUAAGGCAACUUUUUUGACAUUCAAUUACAUAAUAAAGUGUCUAGAUCUUCUCUAAUUAAGAUCUUUCUGUGAGGAAAAUGAUCUAAAACUGAGCAAGGUAUUCUCAUAUGCUGGAAGUUUACUUAGUCAAAUAUAUUUCAUGCCUUGAGAAUUGUAUCUUAAAAUGUCAAUGUCAGGGGCUGGAGCGAUAGCACAGCGGGUAGGGCAUUUGCCUUGCACGCGCCCGACUUGGGUUCGAUUCCCAGCAUCCCAUAUGGUCCCCUGAGCACCGCCAGGAGUAAUUCCUGAGUGCAAGAGCCAGGAGUAAACCCUGUGCAUCGCCAGGUGUGACCCAAAAAGAAAAAAAAAUGUCAAUGUCAAAGAUUUGUGAAAGAAUAUAAUUCAUUCACAAUGUGCAACACAAUUUUCACACUUGGCCCAUGCUAUGUUUUUCCAGGUAGCCAGAUCAGUGGAGUAUCAGAAUACAUUGUACUAAGUUUGUUUUUCAAAUCUGAUCAUUAAAAUAUUGGCUAAAGUUUUGUUUUCCCAUCUGUAGAUAUAGAGGACUUCAGUCACAUGCCAGAGUGAAAUAUUCCAAUAUAGUCAUGAGAGUAAGGUGCUUGCUAAAAAUGAAUUAUAUUUGAAUUGUAUGUGAAUUGAAUUGUACAUUUCCUCUUUGGGAACAAGUUUAAUAUUUUGGAAGAAUUUAACUGAUCUUCUUUAUGUUAUAACUUAACUUUUAUUCCAUACCCUUAUCAUUUUGUGAUCUUGACUAUCCUGCUCUUUAAGAUUACAGCAACUCUCAGCUUCAACAUGUAUGCAUCUUAGUUUUAUCAAUGUAAUUGGUAAUAAAUGUAUUGCUCCUUACAAAUUA